AUGAAGUUGAGAAGUUUGGAGAAUAAUGGAAAUAGUGAUAUGGAAGAUGUGAGUUUGUGGAGAAGAGAGUCGGGAUUCAAGAGCAGUUUCUCGUCUGCUGAGACCUGGUGGCUUAUUAGAGAAGAGAAUGAGAAAUGUGUCUGGGCAAAAGGAGUAUGGUUCUCCCAAGCAACUCCAAAGUUUGCUUUUAUGGUAUGGUUGGCUAAUCUUAAUAGGCUUUCUACUAUGGACAGAGUCUUUGUUUGGAAUCCAGGAAUAGAUGAUAGCUGUGUGCUGUGUAAAAAUGCGAGGGAGAACAGAGAGCAUUUGUUUUUUGAAUGCUACUAUUCAGGCAAGAUUUGGGAAAGUCUCGCUAAGGGAAUUAUGGGUAAUUCAUUUACAAAUUCUUGGUCUGCUAUCACUCACUUGAUUGCUGAGGGGCGUAAUAUGGAUAGGAAGAAGUUAUUUUGCCUGAGAUAUGCUUUUCAUAUAGCGAUGUAUGGAGUUUGGAGGGAGAGAAACAUAGUAAGGCAUGGUGAGAAGAUUACACCAGUGAAUGUGAUCAAGAAGAUGAUGGAUAAGGGUGUGAGGAACAAGCUCAGUUUACUGAGAUCGAAUAGAGUUAAAGGAAUGGAGGAUACUUUACAGAUUUGGUUUCGUACAAGAGUGUGA